CCAACACAUCAGUAUCCGAAGUGUACGCGUGCACUUAUGGCCGAUCGUUUUUAAUCAGAAAACGUCCGAACUUCUUCUUUUCCGAGAAAAACGUGACGGAACUGCAAAUCACAUCGGAGAUUCUGUUUUACGUGAUUGUAACAAUUGUCGAAAUCAAUCGAAAAAAAAACUCAGAGAGAUGAGAAUGAUACUCGCGAGCACCAUCGGCGGUCCGAUGGUGCUCACUUUGCGGCUAAUAGGCGUUUGGCCAGAUUCCUCGUGUAAAUUUCUGCAACGCGUCGCUUGGACGAUGACGAUGGUUACCUCGCAACUGUUUCAAUACUGGUACCUCUUCACUCAUAUUGGUUCCGACACUCUGGAAGAUCUCAUGAAUUCGAUGAGUCUGUGCUUGUCGAACAGUCUGUUGUUUCUGAAAAUGAGUAUUCUUUGGAUAAACGGCCGUAUUUUUUACAACAUGUUGACAACAAUGGUCGAGGAUUGGGACGAAUGCACGACCGCUUUGAAGACGCGGAUGAUGACGAACAAAGCGGUUUUGUCUCGUCGGUUUUCAAAAUAUACCAUCGGUGUGUACACAGGAUGUUUAGUUUUUUUCUGGACGAGCGGUAUCUUGUCCCAGAGAAGUGCGGAACUGUCUGUCGAGACGGGAAGGCAACUUAUUGUCAGAAUGGAACUGCCGUUCGAGUACAACGCGUCGCCGCUUUUCGAAAUUGUUCAGAUCGUGCAAUUUCUUCUGCAAUUCACGUGCGCGCUCUUGGCGGGAAUGUUAAACGCUCUCAUUGUAACGUUAAUACUCCACAUUGCCGGCCAAAUCGACAUAAUGUGUUACGAGUUAAUGGAAAUUCCAGCGGUCGCGGACAAACGCGACUUGUCGCGCAUAGUCGCGCUGAGAGCUGUUGUCAACAGACAUCAGAGGAUCAUCGCUUUCGCCGACAGUGUCGAAGAUGUAUUUUGCUACAUGGCUCUGGUGCAAUUUUUUUCAAACACAGCUGUUAUUUGCUUCCUCGGAUUCGUGAUUGUAACUUUACUUGGUACCGACGAAGGGAAUGUCGUGCUGGUGAAAGUCAUCCCUUAUUACGCCGUUGUGAACCUGGAAGCAUUUGUAAUUUGUUUCACCGGAGAAUAUUUAAAUUCAAAGAGCAAGUCCAUAACUCAGGCAGCGUACGAUUCACUUUGGUAUGAAUUGGAACCUACCGAGAGUAGACUUUUGUUAUUGUUACUAGUAAAAUCUCAGAGGCAGUUGUCGAUCACAAUUGGAAAAUUCAUGGAUUUAUCCUUAGAAAGUUUUACAGGCAUUCUCAAGACUUCUGCGUCUUACAUGUCGGUGCUGCAUGCUAUGUAUUGAAACGAGUGAUACCGUAAAACUGUUAUAAACAUAUUGUUUAAUUAUUAUUAUUUGUUUUACGAAGUAAAUGCCUCA